GGAGUCGAAAGUGAGGAACUCAACGAAGAGAAACCUGAAAUACAACGCGCAUGUUUGAGUUUAUUUCAACAUUGAAUUUUUCACUAUUGAUGUCAGCACAAUAGAAAAUUUAGUGUUGUUAAAUUUAAAUCAAUUGUUAACAUCUGUUGGUUGAAGUCGAAUUAUCUAAUUACUGUUAAUUUCUCUUGAUAUCGUGUAUAGUGAGAUUGAUAAAAUGGGACUCGAAAUGAUCAACUGCUGCGGCUUCAGUUUGAAGCACGGGACAAUCAUAAUUGGGGUUGUUCAAAGUAUAUUUAGUUUUAUGUUUCUUGUAUUAGCCGCAGCCUAUGCUGAACACCCUAACGAAUUAAUUGACAUAUCAGAUAUAUCUGUCGGUCCAAGUUUAACUGCGUUGAGGAUUGCUUUAUCGAUUAUUGCUAUAGUCAGUGCGCUUGAAUGCGUGUUUUCAAUUCUACUGAUUUUCGGAGCUGAAACGAAUCGUCCUAAGCUCCUGUUGCCUUGGUUGAUAUCGAAUCCUGUAGUGUUAUUAGCAUAUAUACUGCUCACAUUGAUGGCAAUAAUUCAUCAUACGAGGAGUGCAUUAUUUAUAAUUGGACAUUUAACGUUAGGAUUUUUCGCUACAUUUAUCGCAUCAUUCAAAUUUCUCUGUGUAUGGAGCUUCUACAAGCAUUUGAAGAGCUUGAACUUCUGAUCAAUUAUAUUUAUAAUAAAUAUGGAUUUUCUACUUGAAUGAAUAAAAUAUUUCCACUAA